GUAUAAUAGUGAUGUCAUACCCGUGGGGCUACCUAUCAGACACGAGAGGGCGCAAGUUGGUCCUCAUGUAUGCGAUGUGCGGCAGCUUUGUGAGCGCCGCUCUCAGCAGCCUAGCGCCUAGCUGGCAGGUCCUCGCCGCGCUACGCUUCAUCAGCUCAGCCAUGUCGAGUGCGGCGGAAUCAGCGACGUACGCGCUGCUUGGCGAGUGCUGUAACUCGCGAUCUCGGGCGCGAUACAUGUUGCUUAUGACCAGCGCCCUCAUGCUUACACCUACACUAUACUACAUAUGGGGCUACUUCAUCACCAAGCUGGACUUCUCUAUCCCAUUACUGGGCAUAGUGUAUCGUCCAUGGCGGUUACUGACGCUGGUGAUGGCGUUACCGCUUGGCAUCGGCGCUUUGCUGCUAUACUUCUUUAGCGAGAGCCCCAAAUUCCUGUUACCUAAACCCUGCAUCCAUCAGGUGCUGUCCAUCAGCAUUUUGCUGGUGGCGGCCGCGGCGGCCUUCGUGAUCGACAACACGGGCGAGCCCAUCUCCGGCCUCAUCUUCUUCUACAUCUUCCUCACCACCGCCAUGGUCUUCGGCGUCGUCUCCUCCUACUUUGUUGACCUUUAUCCUACAUCAUACAGAGGUAUGGUGGCGUGCUUGGGCAUGAUGGUGGCGCGGCUGAGCGCCUUCGCCGGCACCAACCUCGUCAGCAGCAACAUGACUGAGCACUGCUCCCUCGCCAUCUACAGCAUCGCCGGCCUCGUCAUCAGUAAGUCAUCAUCGUCAUCACCAGCUCACUAUAGCCCCCACCUCGCCCUCAUCUCGCCCUCAUCUCGCACCCAUCUCGCCCCCACCUAGCCCCAGCCUACCGUAAGUUAGGGUAUCUAGGCCUUAGUUAACCACGCUGGCUGUUUGGAUGGCUGGCUGGAUGUUUUCCUUCACCGUAAGAACGUCGGGUUAAUUAUGUACAUGUUACUCAACACAUUAUAUGUUAAUCAUUAAAUAAAUCCAUUACAACUUCCUGUUUUUACAAGCUGUAUAAAUGGAAUCCUUUUUUACUUGUAUGGGAAUUUAAAAACUAUAAAAACAACUGUUUAUGUGAUUUCAUGUUAUUGUGUGAGUGGUUUUAAGGUUGAAACAUUGAAUAAUAUUUUUUUAACACAAAACCUUAAUGACUAAUAAAUUAAGUACAAACGUGGGAAAACAUAGUGUUAUCUUCUCGUUAUGUCUCUUAUAUACAAAUUAGACAUACUAACUUCCGACCGCGACUUCGCGGGGAAUUUAAAAAUAUUAAACAGCCUACGUGGUCGUCCAGACUAUGUUUUACAUCUGCCGAAUUUAAGUAAUCCAUUUAAUAUUAGUGUAGAGUUGGUAAGAUAAAAUAAACAGUCUUCUUAAAACUAUAUUUCUCACCCUUAUCCCCAGUUUUACAAGAUAUAAUUUUUUACUUAAUUUAUUCGUUUUAGAAAACGUACGGCUCUCUUUUCGCGUCUUUUUCGUCUAUUUCUUCCUACAUUCACUUCAGUCUCUCACACGUCAGUCAAAUCACUCACUCAUCUUCGUUCGGAAACACACACAACACAUCCCACAUUAGUAUAGUAUAAAGUAUGAUUAUUAUAAAAGAUAUUUCAAUAUAUCGAAAUACAAUUUUUGAUACAUGUUUUAUAAAAAUGGAAACGCAAAAUAUAUUAUUUCGGUAAGCAUUUCAUUGCUACGAGUACUUGACAAUGAUACUGAUAAAUUGUGUAUUUCUCUUUAACCUUGUGUGUCGCCGCGGAGAGAGGCAGCUUCCCCUAGGUCUAGUCUAGAUCAUCGUGUGGUGACGCGCGUGUCUAACAAUGUACUCUCCCAAGCCACAAUCAAACAAAAGGCACAAAAAAAAAUCUCUAUCUCACGAUCUUAUCUAAACAUUUUUAUUUUACAACGUUGUAUUUCAACUUUUUGGUUACCGACGCAAUUAUUAUUUUUUUCUAUGAUCUCGAAAUGUUUCAAGUUUUAAAAUCCAGACACGGUCAAUAUUUGUAAUAAAAAUAAGAUUUGUAAAAAAAAUAGGGCUCAUUCACACGAGGAUGAGAGUUCUUUUUGACGAAUUUCUUUUCACGAUUCGGUUUUUGUAUCGGUGGCAAUGCUUUUUAAAUAAAUGUUGUAAAUAAAAAAAGUAUUUAACGACACGUCGACAUUUG